CCUAAGCACCUUGCCAGCGCCUGCAUUGGCCAGACGGGCGAGAAAGAGAGCGAGAGAGAGAGAGAAAGAGAGAGAGAGAGAAAGGGGAAGCGGGGCCAGCGGAGGGGGCGAGGGGCUGUCGGGCCCCCAAAAGUCUCGCCUCGCCUCCCCAACAAGAGCAGCAACUUGGGCGCCUCAGUCUCCGGAGCGAGGAAAGGGAUUGGGGAGGGGGCUAUCUAGUAUCUGUAUCCAACGCUGAGAAGGAAACCCCUUUCUUUCUUUUUGGAAAGGGGGGGGGGUCGUCAAAUAGGGCGAAAAAAGGAGGGAGAGGAACAGAGUGAGAACGCUUUGGAAGGCAAAAGGGAAGACUUUGUGGAGAGUGUUGACCGGAGCCAAGUUGUGGGGAGAGGGGUGUCUCUUGAAGGUUUUCCCCACCCCCCAAAAAGGGGUCGCUCGAAGCUCCUUUGGGACCCACGAAGAGCCGAGGAAGAGGAGGCAGGGUGCCGGGGGUCGGCGGGGUGGUGGGGAAGGCGACGGAGCCCCCCGACUUCUUCCACCACCACCACCGCCCAGGAUGACUUCCAAGGAGGAAGGCAAGCCCGCCUCGGUGGCGGUGGAAGAGCGGCGCCGCAGCCCGCUGGACCUCCUCCCGCCGCCGGCCAACUCCAACAAGCCCCUGACGCCCUUCAGCAUCGAAGACAUCCUCAACAAGCCCUCGAUGCGGCGCAGCUACUCCGCCAUCUGCGGGACCACGGCCCACCUCCUGGCCGCCUCCGCAGCCGCCGCCGGGCCGGACAAGCACCCUCCGGCCGCCCUGCCCCUCGCCAGCCGGGCCCUGCUCGCCCAGACCUCGCCCCUCUGCGCCCUCGAGGAGCUCGCCAGCAAGACCUUCAAGGGCCUCGAAGUCAGCGUCCUCCAAGCCGCGGAAGGAAGGGAUGGGAUGACAAUAUUUGGCCAGAGGCAAACCCCUAAGAAAAGGCGGAAGUCCCGGACGGCCUUUACCAACCACCAGAUCUACGAACUGGAGAAGCGUUUUUUGUACCAGAAGUACUUGUCCCCCGCCGACCGGGACCAGAUCGCCCAGCAGCUGGGCCUGACCAACGCCCAGGUCAUCACCUGGUUCCAGAACCGCCGCGCCAAGCUCAAGCGGGACCUGGAGGAGAUGAAGGCGGACGUGGAGUCGGCCAAGAAACUGGCGCCCGGCAGCCAGGCGGAACUGGUGGCCCUGGUGGAGCUGGAGCACAGCCCCGAGGGCCCCGCCGCCCGGUCGCCCUCCCUCUCGCCCAGCGCCCUCCCCGCCCAGGGCCUCCGCGAGGGCAGCGGGACCCUCCGGCGCCCCUCGCCGCCCUCGCCGCCCCUCACGGACCCACCCGGGAGCAGCCAGGACUGCUCCGAGGACGAGGACGUCGAGAUCGACGUGGACGACUGAGCCGCCGCCCGGCCUGCCCCCCCCCCCCACGAACAAUAACAAACCAAGAAACCCACAAGCCCCGCCGAUUUUUCCGACCCGUUUCUACACAUUCGCAAGAACUGUCUUCUUUCCACUUCCUCCUCCUCCUCCUAACCCUAACCCUCUUCCUUCUCGCCCGUCUUCUUCCCUCCUCUUCCUCUUCCUUCUUACACUUUCUUCCUAUCUUCUUCUUUUCUUGCUCUACUUUCUCCUCUUCAUCUUCCUCUUCCCUCUACUCCUCCUCCUCCUGUAUUUCUUUCUCUUUUCUUACUGCUCUACUUUCUCCUCUUCUUAUUUCUCCUCUUCACUCUCCUCCUUCUCUAUCUCUUCCUCCUUCCCGUCUUCCGCUUCUCUUUCUGCUCUACUUUCUCAACAUCUUCUUCCUCUUCCCUCUCCUUUUUCUCUUCUAUCUCUUCGUCUUCCCGUCUUCUCUUCCAAAUCUAUUUUCUCUUCUUCCUCUUCCCUCUCCUUUUUCUCUUCUAUCUCUUCGUCUUCCCCGUCUUCUCUUCCAACUCUAUUUUCUCUUCUUCCUCUUCCCUCUCCUUUUCCUCUAUCUCUUCCUCUUCUCUUCCUACACUACUUUCUCCCUUCCUUCCUCUUCUCUUCCUACUUUACCUUCUCUUCUUCUUCAUCUUCCCUCUCCUUCCCCUCCUCUGUCUCUUCUCUUCCUACUCUAUGUUUCCUCUACUUCGUCCUCUUCUCUCUCCUUCUCCUCUAUCUCUUCAUUUUCUCUUCCUCCUCUACUUCCUCCUCCUCCUCCUCCUCCUCCUCUUCUUCUUCUUCUUCUUCUUCUUCUUCCCUCUCCUCUUUCUUCUCUAUCUCUUGCUCUUCUCUUCCUACUCUACUUUCUCCUCUUCUUCUUUCUUUUCCCUCUCCUCCUUCUCUUCCUCUUCUCUUCCUACUCUACGUUGUCCUCUUCUUCUUUCCUCUCCUCUUCCUCCUCUUAUUCCUCCUCCCCCAUUUCCUCUAGCUUCUCCUCCGUUUCCUCUUUCUCAUCCACACUUUUCUUCUUUCCUUCCGACCCGUCUUUCUUUUGCCCCACGAACAAAAACAAACCAAGACAUUGACAUAAUUCUUCCUACAGUUUCUCCCACACAUUCUCAAGGAAAGAGAACUCUCCCUCUUGGGAUCCUCUUCUUCCUCCCUCGCCCUUCCUUUUGCUCCGGGAACAGAAACAAACCAAGGAAACGACAACCUCGAGCUCCAAUGUUUCCCAUUCCUUUCCACACAUUCUCGAGGAGAGCGAAUUGUCCCUCAUAGGCUCCUCUUCUUCUUCCUCUUCCUCCUUGUCUUCCUACUUCUCCUCUUCCUCCUCCUCUUCUUCUCCCUGCUCCUUUCUCUUUUUCUUCUUCUUCCUCUUUCUCUUCCUCCUUCCUCGCCGUUCUUUUUGCUCCACGAACAAAAACAAACCAAGAACACGACAACCUCCCACUCCUUUCCCCACACUCGCGAGGAGAGCGGUCUGUCCCUGCUGGGCCUCCACAAAAGACGCCGGACUUUGGGGAGAACUGCAACUCCGAUUCUCUGGCAGCUCAAAAGCAGAGCCGUUUUUUUAAUUUAAAAAACACAAAAAAGCAAUAAGGAAUAUGAAAUAAUCACAGUUAUGAUUAUACUUAUAAUGAUUGUUACUAUUGUUAAGGUAGGAAUAUCCCAAGGGCUGCCAAACCUGGUAGCUUCCCUUAUUCUUUGGUUUUUUCCCCCUUUCGGAACGGUGCAAUUAUGGAUACUCGCUUCUGUAUAAAUAUUUAAGCAUAUCGACUCGGUAUUUCCAUUUUUUGAGGGUUUGAUUUUAAUAUAUAUAUAUAUCUAUAUCUAUAUAUAACGAUAUCCUUUUUUUUGGUUUACAAAAGAAUUCAUAGCCUUUUUGAUUCUUGGUUUUAAAAAUCCAUCUCAUGUGAGAUUUCAGUUCGGCUGUGGCUACCAUUCGUUUCCUUUUGCCUCUCCUUGCAUGUUUCCUAUCUGCACGUUCUUUAAUUUUUUAAAAAAUUCAUUAAAAUUUGGUUGUUUACUUCUUUCUUUGUAUUGUUCUGGGAGACUGUGAGGGUGGGGGUUCUUCGACUGCAAGUUUAGAUCUAUCUUUUCUUUCCCCUCUCCAACCCUUCAGCACCUAGGACUUUUGUCUCCAAUGAGAUUUCUGCCUCGUUUUACCAAUUAAAAUCUAUUUUUACCA